GCUCGUUUUCCAGCACUUAUAUACAAUUUUCACAAUUUUUUUUUAUAAAAAUUCAGAUAAAUGUAUAUUUUUUAAUUUUAAUUUUUUUUCUGUUAAUUUCCCUCUUUUAUUAACCAUCAAACCGAAAUUUUGUUCUUUCCUCUAAUUCUUUUCUCUCUCAGUUCAAUCCCCAAAGCCCUUAAAGAACUUCAUGGGUUUAGGUUAGGUUAAAUUGUUCUAGGUUUUCUUCAGUUUUCUUCGAUUUGCAGAAAUAAAGAAAUAUGGGUCACUCUAGCUUCCAAGAUGAAGAUGACGAUGAAGAAGAAUACGAGGAGGAAGCUGGUGGGAGUAAUCGGCUUCUGGGUUUUAUGUUUGGGAAUGUCGAUAACUCCGGUGAUCUUGAUGCUGAUUAUCUUGAUGACGAUGCAAAGGAACAUCUCGCUGCGGUAGCAGACAAGCUGGGUCCAUCUCUUACAGAUAUAGAUUUGUCAGAAAAAUCACCGCACACUCCAGCUGAUGCCGCUGACCAAGAUUAUGAUGAGAAGUAUGAAAAUGCUAUUGACUAUGAAGAUAUUGAUGAGGAGUAUGAAGGUCCAGAGACUCAAGCUGCUACUGAGGAGGACCAUUUACUUCCCAAAAAGGAAUAUUUUACUGCUGAUGUUUCUUCUGCUUUGGAGCCUAAAACCUCCGUGUUCGAUGAUGAAAAUUAUGACGAGGAUGAGGAAAGUGAAGAGGUGGUAGUUGAGCCGGAAGAGCAUCUUGCGGCAACAUUUGAAGUGGGGAAAUCUCCUGGGCAUGAUGUACAUUGUGGCUCUUCAGACAGUGAAGAUCAAGUAGAUGGUACUGAAGAUCUUCAGGAGGAACCUGAUGCUCCAGAAGAGCCGUUGGAUUCUAAAGGUUCCACACCUCUGCCUGUUUUAUGUGUAGAAGAUGGUAUGGUAAUCUUACGGUUUUCAGAAAUAUUUGGUAUCCAUGAGCCCUUGAAGAAAGCGGCCAAAAGAGACCGUGGCUAUUUCACUCAUAGAGAGAAGUACAAAUCUAUGGAUGCUUCUGAUCUUGUUGAAGAGGAUGAAGAGGCGUUUCUAAAGGACGCUGGUCAAGGUUUCUCAUUUAUUGGUUGGGAAAAUGCCAUCCAACAAGAUAGAUCUGAAUUUACGGAUGACGCUUUGGUGAAAGGAGGCUUGGAAAUUUCUGAACAUAGUGAAGAGCAUGUUAAGGAUAGUUAUUCAAAUCCAGAGGCAAUGAAAGAGGGGGUAGUAGUAAAUCUUUCUUCUGGGUUGCAGUCACCUUCACGUCCAAGGUUUUUUCCUCUUGAUCAGUUGGACUGGGAAGAACAAAUUGUUUGGGACAAUUCACCUGCAAGAAGUGGCAAUUCUUUGGAGAGUCCUGAAAUCUCUGUCUCUGAUUUGGAGGCGUCAGUUUCAAGAGAGACCAUUCCAGAGGCGGGGCAAAAUCUACUUUCUGAGCAGUCUACAGAAUCCUAUAAGAAGGACCAUGAUAGUGGCCUUUGUCAUUCCUCUAUUGUCUUGGAAUCGUUAGACUCAAAAACUUCUUCAGGACCUAUGGACCUGCCAUUCUUGGAAAGCAGAUUCCAUCCCCAACUCUUGAGGCUGGAAUCGCAGUUGAGAGUAGAUUCCUUAAAUGAUUCUGACGGUAAAACAGGUGUUACCAUGGAUCCAGAUAAAAGUGAUGUGAUGAAGUGUUUUAGAAAACUUACAUUGCAAAACACAGAUAUAACUGAAGGGUCAUGGUUAGACAAUAUUAUAUGGGAACCACAUAGUGUUAUUGCAAAGCCUAAGCUAAUUCUUGAUCUUCAAGAUGAACAGAUGCUUUUUGAAAUUUUAGAUAACAAUGAAAGUAAACAUCUUCAACUUCAUGCCGGGGCCAUGGUCAUUGCUCGAUCUGCAAAGCCAAGCAGUCGUUCUUCCGAGGUCUCGGAUCAUAAACAUCAAUCUGGUUGGCAAUUCAAUAUUGCUAAUGAUAAGUUCUACUUGAACCGUAAAGUUUCUCAGCAGUUACAAUCAAAUCCUAAUAAACGCAUGGCUCACGGUGUCAGAGUUCAUCAUUCAGCACCUGCACUUAAACUUCAAACAAUGAAGUUGAAGUUGAGCAAUAAAGAUUUAGCAAAUUUUCACCGCCCAAGAGCAAUAUGGUAUCCGCAUGACAUCGAGGUGGCUGUCAGGCAACAAGGGAGGCUGCCAACACAAGGACCCAUGAAAGUCAUAUUGAAGAGCUUGGGAGGCAAAGGUAGCAAACUACAUGUUGAUGCUGAGGAAACGGUCUCUUCUGUAAAAGCAAAGGCUUCUAAAAAGCUAGAUUUCAAGCCAUCAGAAACAGUGAAAAUAUUUUAUCUUGGGAAGGAGCUUGAAGACGAUAUGUCUCUUGCUGCCCAAAAUGUUCCUCCAAAUUCUCUGCUUCAUCUUAUUCGCACAAGAAUACAUUUGUGGCCAAGGGCACAAAAACUUCCGCGAGAGAAUAAGUCUUUACGGCCUCCCGGGGCAUUUAAGAAAAAAUCUGAUCUUUCUGUGAAAGAUGGUCAUGUCUUUCUUAUGGAGUACUGUGAGGAGAGGCCUUUACUUUUGAGCAAUGUGGGGAUGGGUGCGAACUUGUGCACCUACCAUCAGAAAACAUCUUCUGGUGAUCAAACUAGUGGAUUGUUACGCAAUGGAAACGAAACCUUGGGAAAUGUUCUGCUUCUAGAGCCAGCUGAUAAAUCACCUUUUAUUGGAGAUAUUAAAGCUGGCUAUAGCCAGUCAUCUCUAGAAACAAACAUGUACAAGGCUCCCAUAUUUUCCCACAAGGUGCCAUCAACUGACUUCCUAUUGGUUAGGUCACCAAAGGGAAAGCUUUCCAUACGACGUAUUGAUAGGAUUGCUGUUGUAGGACAACAGGAGCCUCUCAUGGAGGUAUUUGCUCCUGGAUCAAAGAAUAUUCAGACAUAUCUUAUGAACAGAAUGCUGGUUUAUGUGUAUCGGGAGUUUUCCGCGUCUGCCAAACGUGGUUUGAUCCCAUUCAUGGGUACAGAUGAGUUGUUUACUCAUUUUCCUAACCUUUCAGAUGCAAUUGUCCGGAAAAAGCUGAAGGAAUGUGCUUAUUUGCGGAGGGAUAAAAAUGGACGACAGAUUUGGUCCAUGAAGCCAGAUUUCCACAUUCCACCUGAAGGCGUUCUUAGGAAGUUGGUGUCUCCGGAGCAUGUGUGUGCCUAUGAAAGCAUGCAAGCUGGCCUGUAUCGGCUUAAACAUUUAGGAAUUACACGACUUACAACUCUUACCAGUGUUUCAUCUGCAAUGAGUCAACUCCCUGAUGAAGCUAUAGCUCUGGCUGCUGCAUCACACAUUGAACGGGAGCUGCAGAUAACUCCAUGGAAUCUGAGUAGCAAUUUUGUUGCAUGUACAAGCCAGGACAGAGAUAAUAUUGAGCGCCUGGAGAUAACUGGUGUUGGUGAUCCUUCUGGUCGAGGUUUAGGAUUUAGCUAUGUCCGUACCGCUCCAAAGGCUCCUGUGUCAAAUGCUGUGAUGAAGAAGAAAACAGCAGCUGCUCGUGGAGGUUCUAGUGUGACUGGUACGGAUGCUGACCUCCGCAGAUUAAGCAUGGAGGCAGCACGAGAGGUACUUUUGAAGUUCAAUGUUCCUGAUGAAGUGAUUGCAAAACAAACUAGGUGGCACCGUAUUGCAAUGAUACGCAAGCUCUCAAGUGAGCAAGCUGCAUCAGGAGUCAAGGUUGAUCCAACAACUAUAAGCAAGUAUGCACGGGGACAGCGAAUGUCCUUUCUUCAGUUACAACAGCAAACCAGAGAAAAAUGUCAGGAAAUAUGGGAUCGCCAAAUUCAGUCUCUUUCAGCUGUUGAUGGUGAAGAAAAUGAAAGUGAUUCUGAGGCAAAUAGUGAUCUUGAUUCCUUUGCUGGCGACCUAGAAAAUUUGCUUGAUGCAGAGGAAUUCGAAGAAGGGGAAGAAGGUAACAACAAUAACAAGGUUGACAAAGCAGAUGCUGUUAAGGGGCUCAAGAUGAGAAGACGUCCCUAUAAGGCUCAGGCAGAAGAAGAAAUUGAAGAUGAAGCUGCUGAAGCUGCUGAAUUAUGUCGUUUACUCAUGGAUGAUGAGGAUGACCAAAAGAAGAAAAAAAAGAAGAAAAACAAAGCUGUUACAGAAGAUGCUGGGUUGACUUUCGGCUUACAACCACGCAUUGGUGUUGAGAGUUUACAAUGUGUUAAGAAAACAAGCAUAAUUCCCAAGCAAAUUGUUCGUUCUACUCAAUCUAAUGGGUCAUAUCCUCUGAAUGAGAAUAUUGUCAAGGAUACAAAGGAUAUUGAAAGUAGAAUUUUUAAAGGGAGCGUGUCUGGAAAGUUGAAAGGAAUGAAAAAAAAUGGUAUGCCAAACACAGGUCCAUUAACUAAAGUCAAAAUAUUGGGAGACAAUGUUAAGUUGUUCAAGGAGAAGAAAUCAUCUAGAGAAACUUUUGUCUGUGGAGCUUGUGGUCAGCUUGGACACAUGAGGACCAACAAGCACUGCCCCAAGUAUGGAGAAGAUCCAGAAACGCAGGUUGAAGCUACUGAGUUGGAAAAAACUCCAGGGAAAUCAACUUCACUAGAACCCUCUGGUCAGUCCCAAUUGAAGAUGAUGAAAAAGAAGCUCAUAACUAAAAGUGCGACAAAGAUAGCAGUUGUAGAAGCUUCGGAGGGUGAAAAAUCUAGUACAAACACAAAAGCUCUUCCAUUGAAAUUCAAAUGCUCUACUGAUAGGCCGUCUGAUAAACUUACUUCUGGAGGGACACAAAGUUCUGACAUUCCAGUCACUUCUGAUCCAGAAAAUGGAGCCAAAUCUGCUGCCAAGGUUAGUAAAAUAAUUAUUUCCAACAGGGCUAAGCCUGAUGAAAUGCAGGUUGAGUCUCAUAAUGUGCCUGUUGUUAUACGGCAUCAAGUGGAUACCGAUAGAGGCCAAGCUGAAUCCCAUAAGAAAUCUAUUGUUAUAAAGCCACCGACAAACAUGGAGAGGGACCAAGUUGAACCUCAUAAACCCUCUGUUGUCAUACGCCCACCAGCGGAUAAAGAUAAGGAUCAACCUCAAAAAAAAAUUAUAAUCAAGCGACCGAAGGAAGUUAUUGAUUUGGAUCAACUUAGUCAAGAGGGAGGCACUUAUCCCGAGUACAGGAAAACAAAAAAAAUAGUUGAAUUGUCAAGCUUUGAGAAGCAUGGGAAGCAGGAAAGCUUGCGAUUAAUGGAGCCAAAAGCAAGACGGAAAGCUAAAGAGGAGAGAAGAUGGUGGGAAGAGGAAGAGAAGAGGAGAAAUGUGGAGAGAAUAAGAGAAGACAGGGCAAGGAAGCUUUAUGAGGAAGAAAUGAGACUGCUGGAAGAGCGAGAAAGAUUUGCUGAGAUCACAAGAUACACUGAAGACAUUCGAAGAGAGAGGGAGGAAGAGGAACGCCAAAAAGCAAAGAAGAAAAAGAAGAAAAAGGCUGAAAUAAAAGAGGAUUAUUUAGAAGACUACAGGACAAGAAGAAAUGACAGAAGAGCACCGGAAAGAGAUCGAGGUGCAAAAAGGAAACCUGUUGAGUUAGGACGAUAUGGUGCAGAGUAUGUCCCUCCAACAAAGCGGCGCAGAGGGGGAGAGGUUGGUUUGGCCAACAUCUUAGAGCGGAUUGUAGAAACACUUAGAGAUAAUACCGAGGUGUCCUAUCUGUUCUUAAAACCAGUGUCCAAGAAGGAGGCCCCUGACUACUUGAACAUUGUAAAGCACCCAAUGGAUUUGUCCACAAUAAGGGACAAGGUUAGGCGGAUGGAAUACAAAAAUCAAGAAGAAUUUAGGCAUGAUGUAUGGCAGAUUGCCUACAACGCUCAUAUCUACAAUGAUGGUCGUAAUCCUGGUAUUCCUCCUCUUGCCGAUCAGCUUUUGGAGCUUUGUGACUACUUGCUACAUGAGUAUUCUGAUAACUUGGCUGAAGCUGAAGCAGGUAUAGGGGAAGCUUAAUCGGAUAACACAUUUAAAAUCAUUCAUCAUCUGAAAGCCAAAAUUCCCUCACAGUAGAACUGCUGCUUCUCUGGGUUCUAGGGGUUUCCAGGCUUUGAACCAUGGUAAUAGAGCUUUGCAUAUGUAUAGUCGAAACCUCGAGUGCUCGAGUCGUUUCAGGCAUAAAAAAGAACCUAGUUCAUAUAGGAUUAUUAUGGGUAAGAAAAAGGGAUGGUGACAACCUAGGUGACAUAGCCAGUAAGGACGUCUAGAGAUGAAAGCUUGUAGUGAAGCAGAUCCCAGUUGAAAGCAUUAGCCGUUGAAGACUAAAAGACCCCCAAGGCAGUCAUUCAGAAGAGCUUCAUGUCUGCAUACUGUUGGCCAAGAGAUGAAUCAUUCCCAUGAAAAUAUGGGACCUAUCAGGCAAUUAUCUUGAAGAGCUUUCAUCUUUUGGCAUUUAUUAUGUUUUGCUUGGGGGAAGAAUCUGAAGCUGGUGGGUGUAAUGCUUCAGUUGUUUACAAGAUAAAAAAACUUGGGCAGUCAAAAGUCCUUUCCACAUAGGUUAGUGUGAUUCAAGUUUUAUUUAACAUUUUUAAUAAUAACUUGUGAGAGAGGGAAGCUGAUAUAUAGUGAAGAAUUUUGAUGCACAAUUGAUUAACUGUCUGUACCACAAAUAUCUAUGUAACCUCUAAUGUAUUUUUCUCCCUUUUCUUGUUUCCGAUUGUAAAGAAUUUUAAUUCAUUUGUGUUUAAUUUUAGUUAUUAAAAAACGAAUUUAUGAUGGAACAUUUAAAUAAAUCAAUUUAUGAUUUGUGAACAGAAA